CCCCCCUCCCUCCUUCAGUUUCAGUUCAUUUGAAAAAUCGGCGAAACAAAUUUCUAUUUUUCGGCAAUGGCCGACGAAGAAGUGGAGCUGAGCGACGAGCAGAAGAAGGAAAUCGCGAAGUGGUUUCUCCUAAACGCGCCCGCCGGAGAAAUCCAAUUCGUCGCCAAAGAUGUGAAGAAAAUUUUGAACGACGAUGAGUUGUACCACGAGGCAGCAUCUGAAGCUUUUCCUCAGUACAAUAAAUCACAUAUGAUUUGUAUUGAAAUGCCUGGUCGAGUAGGAGAUGUGAUUAUUACACCGUUCAAUGAGCUUGAAGAAAACGAGUUCCUUGAUCCAAGAACUGCACAAGUUGCUAUAAUAGAUAAUAUCAAACAGGUGUGCACUGAAGUGAGACAUGCGCUGGAUGAAGAACUCCCCUCUGCAUAUGUUGAGGAAUUUCGAUGUGCUGUAGAUAUGGAAGUUUCUCGAUAUGUUGGGGAAGCAUAUCCAAAAGGUGUUUGCUCAGUUUACUGUGUAAAUGGAAAAGAUGUAGAGGGACCCGAAUCUGAUUUUGAGCUUGCUGUGGUUAUUGCUGCUGCUAGACAUAGCCCUCAGAACUUCUGUAAUGGAAGCUGGCGUUCUACAUGGAACAUUGAGUUCAAAGGUGAUUUUCAAUCCCUUGAAAUAAGAGGGAAAAUGCAGGUGGGUGCCCAUUACUUCGAAGAGGGAAAUGUUCAAUUAGAUGCGAAGCAUGAAUGUAACGAUUCAACUAUCCUACAGGCUCCUGAAGAUUGUGCAGUUGCUAUAGCCAAUAUUAUUCGUCAUCACGAAGCAGAAUACUUAGCAUCUCUUGAGACAUCCUAUUCAAACUUGCCAGAUACCACCUUCAAGGAUCUUCGGAGGAAGCUUCCCGUUACUCGGACCCUAUUUCCAUGGCACAAUACCUCACAAUUCAGCUUAACAAGAGACAUUGCUAAAGAACUCGGAAUUGGAAAGUAAAUCCACAAACAUCAAAAAAUCAUUAUCUUUGUUCCACUUCUACAGGUAAAAAACAAAGACACCAUUCUCAUUCCCCUUUCGUCUGCUUCCUAAAUCACAUAACUCUGCCUUUAGAGUUAGUUUCCUUUUUUUUUUCCUCUUUUCCUCGAGAUUCGGUUCCUUGUUUUCGAUGUCUUUCUUGUAGUAUUCAUUCUUGUGAGUUGUAUAGCUGGAAGCGCAACAGGUGCGUGCUACCGUUUGUAAGUACUUAUAAUUUGUAAAGCGAAGGUUAUAUGUUUUUGUUUGUUGUAUUGCAUUUGAUUCUGAAGUAGAUUGCAUAAGUGUUUGCUUC